GGUCGAGCUCGAUUUCAUCUCCGGCGCGACUCGAUUUCUUCUCCGGCGCGACGCGAUUUCUUCUCCGGCGCGACCUGAUUUCUUCUUCAACGAUCUUCUUGUAUCUUCUCCGGCGCGAUUUGAUUGCAGUUAAAGUGGGAUCUUGAUAUUAUGCCAUGUCUUCUUCUUCAAAUCAAGCUUUGUUGUCUAUUUUCAGUGUCGAUUCUAAUGGAAUCAUUGAACGCACAUCAGGUAAUAUUCCUCAAACUGGUGAAGGCAACAAUAUAUUGAUUGAUACUGGGUGUGAUUCCACUGCAAACAAUGAGGUUGAAGAAUUUAUAGAAGGUUUUGAUGAUUCUUUUAGUAAGAAUAUUCAGUUGUGGAUACCAAACGUAGCUAAUACAGAUUUAAAACCUUAUCCUGGUCAACGUUUCAAAGAUACUGAAGCUGCUUACAAUUUUUAUGCCGAGUAUGGAAGAAAAGCAGGUUUUGAUGUUCGCAAAGAUACACAAAGGGUUAGGAAUGGGAUUAUUAUCCACAAACAUAUUGUUUGUUCAAAAUCGGGUAAUCUAAAUCAGUCAACAAGUAUGAAUUCUGAUGAUAAUGCAGAAUUGUCUCGUAUAUCUAGUAGUGAAGGUAGCACAGUUAGAAAAAGGAGGAAAACAGCUACAAUGAAAUGUGAUUGCACUGCAAAAAUUGUGGUAAUGUAUGAUGGGAAGAAGGAAUAUGUUAUUGAUCGUUUCAUUGAAGGUCAUAAUCACUCAAUGGCAUCUGAUUAUGCGAAGCAAUUCCUACGUGUUAAUCGCAAUAUGAAUACUGUUCAAAGAAAAUUUGUUGUUGAUGCUGCUAAGUCAAAUAUUGGGGCAUAUAGGGCACAUAGUCUUUACAAGUCGUUGUGUGGAUCCUAUUCAGAUGUAGGAGCAACUGCGAAAGAUUUUCAAAAUUGGAUGAGAGACGUUAAAUUGUAUAUCGGAAAGAGAGAUGCAGAUAUGUUGAUUGAGAAGUUUAAAACAAAAAAGGAGACAACUAAUGGUGGUUUUUUUUAUGAGUAUGAGACUGAUCCAAAUGGGCAUUUGACUCGAAUUUUUUGGGCUGACGUGGAAGGUCGUCAAAGUUAUGAAAUUUUUGGAGAAGUGGUUUCUUUUGAUGCUACAUAUCGUACAAAUAAGUAUGGUAUGGUUUUUGUACCCUUUAUUGGGGUUGAUAAUCAUUGGAAAAGUGUGACAUUCGCUGCUUGUUUGCUUAAUCACGAAGAUACACCAAAUUUUUCUUGGGCCUGUGAUAUGUUACUAAAAGUUUUCAAGCGGCCUCCAAAAUGUAUAAUAACAGACCAAUGUCCAGCAAUGAAAAUUGCAAUUGCUGAAAAGUUUCCAGAUUCUAUUCAUCGUUAUUGUAUGUGGCACAUUAUGCAGAAGUUUCCUGCCAAGAUUGGUGUUCUUUUUUGUGCAGAGUCUGAAUUUAUGAAAAAGUUGAAUAAGUAUGUGUGGUCUUCUCAUUUGACAGUUACUGAAUUUGAAGCUGGAUGGUCUAGUAUAUUGAAGGAGUUUCAAUUGACUGAGCACAUUUGGCUGAAUGAGAUGUAUGAAAUGAGGAACUCUUGGAUUCCUGCUUUUUUCAGGGAUAAACCGAUGGGAGGGUUAUUGCGAACUACAUCAAGGUCAGAGAGUUCAAAUAUUUACUUUAAUCAUUUUGUGCAAAAAGGGGACACACUUUCAGAGUUUUACAUGUGCUACGAAAGUGCGAUUGAUAAACAGAUUCAUGAAGCUAAAAGUCUAGACAAUAGAGAUACUUCCGUCCCGAACCUUACAACAGAAAAGUUAAUCGAAAAAUAUGCAGCUCGACUUUACACGAGAUCGAUAUUUCAUAAGGUUCAAAAAGAAAUUAAAGCAAGUUGUUUUCAUAUUCAGUUGGGUGGACAACCAAUCAUAGUUGAUGGAGUCAACAAGUAUGUUGUCAAGGAUAAAUUUUUUCAGGAUAGUUUGUUUGAGGUUCGAUUGUCAUUUUCAACAAAUGACGUAUCAUGUUCUUGUCAGCUUUUUACAAGAGUUGGAUAUUUGUGCCGCCAUUGUUUUUUUUGUCUUGCCCUUUGGGGUAUUGAAGAGAUUCCACAACAAUUCUUGUGUAAUCGAUGGAUGAAAAAUGCAGUAGAUAGAUUUUGUACCUUGAACUUGGGUGACGUGGUUGGAAGUAGUGAGGGGUGGAAGACUAGAGACACGUCAAAAAGAAUUUGGAAUGUAUUUCAACGAUGUCUCGGAGAUGCAUGGAAUGAUAAUGAUUGUAUGCAGUUUUUACUAGAAGAGAUGGAAUCAUUGAGUAUUAGAAUGAAGAACAAGGUAAAGAAUCCAUGCUCAUCAAAGGAUGACAUACUCCAAGAAAUGUAUGGUGUUAGACCUUCAAGCUCAGUGACUGUUCAUCCACCAUUGCAAAGCAAUGACAAAGGCUCCCGCAAGAGAAUUAUGGGUGCUGCUGAAAAAAGUUGGGACGGCAAAGACAGGCCAAAGAGGCUUUGCAGAACAUGUAAUUCAUUGGGGUACCAUGAUUCCAGAACCUGUCCGUUGAAAGCUCAACAACUUAAACAAGAUAAAUUACCAACUCAGAAUCAGUAGCAUCAAUAUGAUGCAAAUUAUGUGUUUUCAAAUUGAAAACAGACGCCACUACACUAUACAUUCUGGAAAUGGAUUUUAAUUAACUUUUGCUAUUGUCAUUUAUUACUUUCAUUUUGUACAUUGAAAAAAGUUUUUGAUAAUUUUUAUUCAUAUUAUGCAGU